AUGGCAUCGGUGAAGCUGGAAGACUGCAGUCAAACACUGGAGCUGAAAGUCAACAUUAAAGAUGAAGAAGAGGAGAAGAUUGGGACAUCUGUUAGUCAUGGAGACCAUGUUGAGACAUUAUCUACACCCAGAGAGCAACAGCAGGAAGAUCCCAGAGCUAAGAGGUCUCACCACUGCCCACAUUGUGAGGAGAUUUUCCCAUUUCUAUCAAAGCUAAAAAUACACCUAAAAAUACACACAGGAGAGAAGCCUUAUUCCUGCACUGACUGUGGGACACACUUCACAACAUCAAAGGCUCUGACAGUUCAUCAGAGAGUGCACACUGGAGAGAAGCCUUACUCCUGCUCUGACUGUGGGAAGAGUUUCUCAGGGUUGGGUCACUUAAAAAGACACCAACGUAUACACACAGGAGAGAAGCCUUACUCCUGCUCUGACUGUGGGAAGAGUUUCUCACAACAGAGCAGCUUAAACUCGCACAAACAUAUACACACAGGAGAGAAGCCGUACUCCUGCUCUGAUUGUGGAAAAUGCUUCACAGCAUCAUUUGAGUUAAAAGUUCAUCAGAGGACACACACAGGAGAGAAGCCUUACUACUGCUCUGACUGUGGGAUGAGUUUCUCUCAACAGAGCAGCUUAAAGUCACACCAACGUAUACACACAGGAGAGAAGCCGUACUCCUGCUCUGAUUGUGGGAAGAGUUUCUCUCAUCAAAGCAGCUUAAAAUCACACCAACAUAUACAUAAAGCAGAGAAGCCUUACUCUUGCUCUGACUGUGGGAAGUACUUCACAACAUCAGCUGAGCUAAAAGUUCACCAGAGGACACACACAGGAGAGAAGCCUUACUGCUGCUCUGACUGUGGGAAGAGUUUCUCUCAACAGAGCAACUUAAAAACACACCAACUUAUACAUACAGGAGAGAAGCCUUUCUCAUGCUCUGACUGUGUGAAGUGCUUCACAACAUCAUCUGAGCUAAAAGUUCACCAGAGAACACACACAGGAGAGAAGCCUUACUCCUGCUCUGACUGUGGGAAGAGUUUCUCUCAACAGAGCAACUUAAUAACACACCAACGUAUACAUAAAGGAAAGAAGCCUCAUCAGUUCUCUCAGGCCAGUUAAGAUUAGUCACUCCAUCACUUCAUUCUCAUCUCAUAAAGGAAGUGGUAACAGUGAAUUUGAUAACAUUACCAGAGAGUAACACUAUUGUAAUCCUAUUGUUUCUCACUGUGAGAACUGUGCAGAGAAAAGGGAGCAUUAUAGAACAUUAGCCUCUCUUUACUUUACUGAUCAGUGUGCACCUUGUCAGUUCUGGUGUGUUUUGUUUGCUUCUACUGUAAAGAUAUUGAGAUUACCUUGGAUUUGCCCUUAUCGUUGAAAACCCUCUGAGAGAUCUCUUGUUAAAACAAUGGAGGGAGGUACUGCUUCCCUCUGCAGUUUUAUGUGGGAAUGAGUUUUAAGACACAACAUGUGUCAGAUAGAGAUGAUGUGAUGAUCAGUUUUCACCUUUAGUUUGGGUGGAUACUUUUAUUCCUACUAAAUGUUUUUUGUUUAAUGAUACACAGGUUAUAAAACAAAUGGGUUUAUUAAAUUGUCUUUUAAAACUAGAUUCACUAUGUUAGUCAUUGAUGAGUAAUGUAUUUGGAUAACUGCAAUGAAUUUCAUUGAAUUACUAAUGAAAAAUAAAUGUUCUACAUAAAUUUUUGCUGGUCAACCUCUGGGUUAUCUUUACAGAGAAUACAAUGUUUUUGUUGGCAUUCAAAAUAUAUUUACAUUAAUCUACUCAAAAACAUGUCAAUACACCUUUACACAUCACCACGGGGACAAGCCACUUUGCUAGCCACCAGUAUUUUUCUACAAUGCAUACAAAUAUAUGGUAAUCAGUAUAAAGGACUUACAUGUUUUCUUAUGUAAAACCAGUU